GGCCCCGUGUCCGCCACUUCGGGCCGUACUUCUUCUUUUCACCUCUGUUGAUCGAUCGAGAUGAAAGGUUACCUUGAGUUUUCGUGCGCUCUCUCGACUUCUCUCUGUGUCACCUCGCGACUUCUUUUCUUUUUGCCUCCAUAAUGGAGCACUAGCUGUUGCAUAACCCAACCAACUUCUUCUUUUCACCUUCAUGGGUUUGUCACAUGUGAAUCAAGGAAAGCACCUAAAAAGUUGCCCCUUGCCCGUGUCAUCGAUCCUCCACUUCCCCUAUAUAAUCGCUCCGGAGAGCCUUACUGACCGAACCCAAAAGUUCGACAGCUUCUACUGUAUCCCAACAAUUUUUCGCCCCUGACAUGUCGUUUUCCUGCACGAAAAGCUUCUUCCAACGAUUUUGUGUUGAUGAGUUCCACAUGGACCGCGUUGCCCCUGGCAGUUUCUUCUCCAGUGAUCUCCUCCCAUCACUCGGAGCUCGAAUCAAUCAGACCACUAGGCUUCGGAAGUACAUCAUCUCGCCUUUUGCCCCUCGAUAUAGGGCAUGGGAGAUGUGGCUCAUUGUUCUGGUCCUCUAUUCGGCGUGGAUCUGCCCAUUUGAGUUCGCGUUUCUGUCUUACAAGAUCGAUUCCCUGUUCAUCAUUGAUAAUAUCGUCAACGGGUUCUUUGCCAUCGACAUCGUUGUGACCUUUUUCGUGGCAUACCUCGACAGCCAGUCCUAUCUCCUAGUCGAUGAUCCGAAGAAAAUUGCUCUCAGGUACUUGUCUACCUGGUUCAUUUUCGAUGUCUGUUCUACUGCACCGUUUCAGUCAAUCAGCCUCCUCUUCACGAAACAUAGUGGCGGGCUGGGCUUCAAGGCGCUCAACAUGCUCAGGUUGUGGCGAUUACGGCGAGUCAGCGCUCUGUUCGCGAGAUUGGAAAAGGACAUUCGGUUCAACUACUUUUGGACACGGUGCACCAAGCUGAUCUCUGUAACCCUCUACGCUGUGCACUGUGCCGGAUGCUUCAACUAUUUGAUUGCGGAUAGAUACCCCGACCCGAAGAAAACUUGGAUUGGCUCGGUAAACCCGGAGUUCAAAACAGACAGCCUGUGGGACAGAUAUGUCACCGCCAUGUAUUGGUCCAUUACCACAUUAACCACAACAGGCUAUGGAGACUUGCACGCGGAGAACCCCAGGGAGAUGCUAUUCGACAUAUUCUACAUGCUUUUCAACUUAGGAUUGACAUCUUACCUCAUCGGGAACAUGACAAACCUCGUCGUGCACUGGACCAGCCGCACCAGAAACUUUAGGGAAGCAGUCAGAGCCGCUUCGGAAUUUGCUGCGCGAAAUCAACUCCCCUCGUGCAUACAGGACCAAAUGCUCUCUCACCUCUGCCUCAAGUUCAAGACCGAAGGCCUGGAGCAACAAGAGACCUUAAACAGCCUGCCUAAAGCCAUCCGUUCGAGCGUCGCCUACUACCUCUUCUUCCCAAUUGUUCAGAGUGUCUAUCUUUUCAAAGGGGUGUCCAAUGACUUCCUUUUCCAGUUGGUUUCAGAAAUGGAGGCCGAGUAUUUUCCGCCGAAGGAGGACGUGAUGUUGGAAAACGAGGCGCCUACAUAUCUUUACAUACUUGUUUCAGGAACAGCGGAUCUGAUAUCCAACAGGGAAGGACACAAUCAAGUUCUUGGGAAGGCGGUCACAGGGGAUGUGUUUGGGGAGAUCGGAGUUCUGUGCCACCGGCCACAGCCGUUCUCGGUUCGGACAAAAGAGGUCUCGCAGAUACUAAGGUUAACUAGCACUUCACUGGGGAACAUCAUGCAGGUUAAUAAGGAAGAUGGUCAUGUCAUCAUGAACAACCUCUCCAUGAAAUGGAAAGGAUCGGAAUACUUAAGGUUUGCUUGCCCACGAGAUGAUGGACCGAUCUAUGGCGAAUGGGUUGACAGAAGACAGCCUGAAGGGGCUUUCCUUUACUCCAACUAUGAAGACAGCACACAGGAAGACUUGAUAAUGCCAGAAACGCAGGAGUCAGAUCUCGUAAAAGCAGUCUAUACCAACAUCGCUAAACCGGAGAGCUGGGACCCGAGCAUUGAUGACAUCUUAGUUUCUUCUUGUGAAGAUAGAAAGAUACCAGAGGAGCAUAGAAUCAACUUCAUUGGGCCCGAAAUAGGUACAAACACAAUAGAUGUCCAAUGCAAGCACGGAUCCCUCGGGGAACCAAAGCUAGCGAGAUUCGAGUCGAGAAAGUUGCCAGGAGUGCCCAAACCAAACAAAGAGAGGAUUUUAUCCAAUGUUGUGGUGAAACAAUCAACCAAGAAAAGAGUCACCAUCCAUAAGCAGGUCCCAAAAGAUGGUGGUUCAUCAUUGAGACUGCCCGCAAAGUUGAUUGUCCUGCCGGAUUCGCUAGAAGAUCUGCUAAAAGUUGCUGGAGAAAAGUUUGGAUGCGACUACCGAACUGCCAAGUUAGUAAACGCAGAGAAUGCAGAAAUAGACGACAUCGAAGUCAUUCGAGACCAUGAUCAUUUGUUUUUCCUUGAGAACAUGGACCAUCCAGAGACAUGACAAUGUGUAUCGCCACUAGCCUCCAGCUUGUAACCUUUAGGCAAUGUGCAUAGUGAUCGGUCCGCGAAAAUUUUACUACCUUAACGUUCGAGUAUUGACCGGCCGGACCAACUAAUGUGGAAUAGUUCAGCCAACUCAAUGAGAAGUACGUCCCUCUUGGUUGA